AUGACCAGCAUCGAAAUGAAAGCUCAGAUCUGCCUCCUCCUUCUUACGGCCAUAGUCUUGGUUACCUGCAUGAAUGCCACUGAGUAUACCGUUGCCAAUCUUGCCACCACAACCAAGAAACCGCUGGAUAACGCUACCAUUUCGGAUGAUGAUGAUGAUGAUGAUGAUGACGAGCUAGACGGCGCGGAAUGGGGAGAAAAAGACAACAUUAAGUCUCAUAGCGCUGCAUGGAACGAGACGAUGGAGGAUGGGGAUGACGAGGAUCUGCACGGUGCGUUUUGGGGACAGAAGGGCUACAAGAAGUGGUGA